CCGGCCAAGCUGGCUUGGGUUUGAGGGAAGCGGGGGAGGAGGGGAGGAGAGGGGCGUGAGGAAAUGAAGGAGUGAACGUCUUUGUGGACAGAACGCAGAGUGCACACUAACCCGCCCAGCUGCUUGGCUGAGCGGAAGGCAGAAUGGCGGGGGCGGGGCCGAGGCUCUGGCGGGUUUUGAGGAGUCGGGUUCCCAAAGCGGCAAAAACCCUGGCGCCAGAGCUAGGCCGAGCAGAGCAACAUUGCGAAGCCGAGGCCCCGCGGAAUCCUUACAGACCCGCCUCUGCCUGCGGCUUUGGCGCUGCAGCAAUCCCUUUUAUCCCUUUCCCGUCGUCUCCUUCUCCGUCGCAGUUCUGCAGCCACAGCACGAUUGAAAACAGCUAAGUGGUCAAUUCCGGGACCUGGGGUUGGGAGUCCGGGCGGGUGCAAGGCGGCGGGCAGUACACGCGAGCCCGCCAUCUCCUGUGGCAACUGCCACAAGCUGCAGAUACCUCUCUCAGGCGGGAGAGAAAAAUACUGUCAAGAGGCCCCCGCCGUCCUAGUGCCCACGGAGUUCGAGCGUUUCUGCCAAGCCUUGGUGAGAGCCUUGCCUUUGAGAAAGAGAGGAGAACAGACGGGAACUCGGAGAUCACGAAAAAAAGAUCGCAUAUUGGAUAGUGUUGACGUUUUGCAGCUAAAUCUAGCAAGUGGCCACGUUGCAGAGCCUCAUUAAACCCGGAGCCAUGUCUCCCCCAACUGUGCCUCCCAUGGGCGUAGAUGGUGUGUCCGCCUACCUGAUGAAGAAAAGGCACACCCACAGGAAGCAGCGGCGCAAGCCCGCUUUCCUCACCGGUCGGAACAUCGUGGGCUGCCGCAUUCAACACGGCUGGAAGGAAGGCAAUGAGCCUGUGGAACAGUGGAAGGGCACCGUGCUGGAGCAGGUUUCCGUGAAGCCCACUCUCUACAUCAUCAAAUAUGAUGGUAAAGAUAGUGUGUAUGGAUUAGAACUGCACCGAGAUAAAAGAGUUUUAGCGCUAGAGAUCCUUCCUGAGAGAGUGCCAACUCCUCGCAUUGACUCACGUCUGGCAGAUUCCCUAAUUGGCAAGGCUGUGGGCCACGUGUUUGAGGGUGAGCACGGUACGAAAGAUGAAUGGAAGGGCAUGGUCCUGGCGCGAGCCCCCGUGAUGGACACUUGGUUUUACAUCACCUAUGAGAAAGAUCCAGUCCUUUAUAUGUACACGCUGCUGGAUGACUACAAAGAUGGUGACCUGCGCAUCAUUCCAGAUUCCAGCUACUAUUUUCCUGCAGCAGAACGGGAACCUGGGGAAGCUGUCGACAGCCUCGUGGGCAAGCAGGUGGAGCACGCCAAAGAUGAUGGGUCCAAGAGAACUGGCAUUUUCAUCCAUCAAGUGGUGGCCAAACCAUCUGUCUACUUCAUUAAGUUUGAUGACGAUAUUCACAUUUACGUCUACGGUUUGGUGAAAAGCUCCUAAUUCAUUGUGCUCUUGCAAAACUUGUGGAACUAUUAAAUGUAAAAUAUGUCGUGUGAACUUUUGAGAACAGUUUUGGUGUCAGAGAUUAAAGAACCUAUUAUUACUUAUUGUGCCUCCAGAUCUUGCAUUGACUAGUUCCACAGUUUUGCCCCAAGUAUACGUUGGUACUUUAUUAGUACUUUUGUUAUUGCCUUGUUUUGUAGUCAAAAUUUUAAAUCGGGUGCUAAUAGAAAAUUGAAAAGCGCUCACAAACUUUGGAGCAAUGAAAAACUAAAGAAAAAUGUACACACACUAUAUCCUCCUCCUCAUUUCCUUUCCUUACCAUUUUUUUUUCUCCCCAGGUAACAAGUGUAAGAACAUAAUGUAUAUCCUUCCAUGAUUUCCCUAUCCUCUUAAAGUUUGUUUCAGUCUUUUCUGUAGAAAUGGCAAGUCAUAUUUCUCUGUAAUUUCUUUUCUCACUUGACAUAGCCUACUGAUCAAUAGCUACAGAUAUGUUUCCCUCUGGAAUUUAGUUUUGUAAAUGGUAUAAAAUAGAGGGCCAACUAUACAUUUUAUUUGCAUUUGGAUACCUGAUUGUGCCAUCACAUUUAUUCAAUAAAUCACCCAUUUCUCCUCUCCCUCUAUCUCUCCUUCUCGUCCUCCCUUCUUCUAACAGCUGCAUACACAGUACAUAUUUAUGUACCAAAAAGGUACCAUAUAUGUAUCAUUCCAUUAUUGAUGGUCUUUAUUUUUUUCAUCAUGGCACUGCUACAAUACAUACUGGUGCUGUUAUUUCUAUAGGGUAGCUUCCAGAAAUGGGAUGCUUAGUAGGUCUGUAUUUAAUUUUAAAAGAUACUACAAAAUUAUCAUCUAAAAUAAAAACACUCAUUUUCCAGCAUCCUCUCCAGCACUCUUUAAUGUUUACAAAUAUGAAUGGUGAAAAAUUACAUAGUAUUGUUUCUUUAACUGACAAACUCAAUGAUUUUGUUUGUUUGUUUGUUUUAUUAUUUAGAUUUUUAUCUUUCAUGAUUUGCCAUUGCCUGUACUUUGCUCAAUUAUCUAUUGAGUUUUUGAUCUUUUCCUUAUAAGUUUGUGGGAAUUGUAACUGUAUAUACUAUGUGGUGCAUAUUAAUCAGUUGUAGCCCAUAUGCAUUGUGAUUUUCUCCAUUCUAUCAUUAAUCUUGACUUUAUUGAUGAUAUAUUUUACUUUACAGGUUUUUAAAAAUUUUUAAAUAGACUUCUAUUUCCUUUUCAGUUUUUUGGCUUCCUGUCUUUUUCAGCUGAAUGCCCCCACCCCGAGUCAUACAAAUAUUUGCCUAUAUUUUUUCUAAACAUUUUUAUUAAUUUUAAGCUUUAACUGUUUGACCCAUCAGGAGGGAUUAAUUUUUUAAUUUUUUAUUAUACUUUAUUUACAAUGUUCUGUCAAUUUCUGCUAUACAGCAAAAUCCAACUAUACAUUUUGUUCAUAUUGGAUACCUGAUUAUGCUAUCACAUUUAUUAAAGCACCCUUUUUCAAGUUCCUGAACCAGUAUCACAUUAUUUUAAUUGUACUGGCUUGACCAUAAAUUUUGGACUCUGGUAAAGCAAGUUCCUUCUCAUUAGUUUUAUUUUUUUCUUUUCUUCUUUUAUAAAACUCAUCCUAGACAUUUAUUCUUUCAUAUUAAAAUUGGAAGCAUUCCUUCAAUGUUUAAAAUAUUGUGAUGUCUUAGAAUUAUAUUAAAUUUCUACAUUUUUACUUAGAUUAUUUUAAUAUUAACAUUAAUCAUUAAUACUCAAGAAUUUUGAUACAUUGUUACAAUCUUUUGGUUUUGUUUUUAUAAUGUUCCUUAUAUAAGUCUAUAGCAUCUGAUUAAAUUUAUUUCUAAGUAUUUUUACCGUUUUUGUCACAUUUUGACAUUUUAAAUUGGGUAUUUUUUCCUCCUCAUUCAUAUUUUUGGCAAUAUAGAAAAACUACAGGGUUUUUUCCCUUCUAUUUUCAGCUUACUAAAUCCUCUGAAUUACACUGAGUUUCUAAAAUAGAAUGUUUUGGACUUUCUAGCUAUACAGUCAUCUCACCCAAAAAUAUAGAUAAUUUUAUCUCUUAUAAUGUUUAUAUUAAUUGUGAUUACAUGAACUGGGUUCUCCAAAACUAUAUUGAAUAAUGAUUAUGACAGACAUGCCUGUCUGGUUCUUAAUUUUCAUGGAAUUGUCUUUAGUAUUCCCUAUUAAUAUGAUAUUUUCUCUUGGUUAUUGAUAAAUAGUCACUAACCUUUAACAUGUUUAGGGAGUUUUCUUCUAUUCCUGUUUUACAUAACAUCAUUACUAAAAGUGGCUCCUGAAUUUUAUCAUAUAUCUUCUCAUGAUAAAAUAUUAUGAUUCUUUUCCUUUAAUUUGUUGACAUAAUGAAUUUGAUGCUGAACCAGACUUGUGUUUCAGGAAUAAAUCCUACUUUGUCAUGGUAUAAUAAUCAUUUGAUAUUAGUUACCAAUAUUUUAUUUUGUAUUAUUACAUUUAUAUUACAAAGUGAAAUUGUAUUUUUAAAGUUUUGUUAUUAAAAUUGUACUAUCUUUAAAAAAUGAAUUGUUGAAUUUUUCAAUCAUUUUACGUAUUUUAGAAUAGUUUAAAUAGCAUUAGAAUUGUUUGUUCUUUAAAAAUUAGCUAGUAAUGAGGUGUAAAAAUAGUCCAUUCCUGGAGACAAUUUUGUUGAUAGAUCUUUAGUCAGCUUUCUUAUCUCUUCAAUGCUAAUUGCUUUAUUCAAGCUUUCCAGUAAAAAAUAAUGUAUAUUCUCUGUGAAAUACAAAGUUUAAAGUUUUUAUUACCAAGCUUCUUGAUUGUAUUACUCAGAUACUUUAUGUCCUUGUGUGUUGCAAUGCAUAUGUCCUAGAUAUGUUCAAUUCUUAAAACAUUAUAAUAAAAUCAUCUUCCAUA